UGUGCGUGUUACCACCAUGGAUGCUGAGCUGGAGUUUGCCAUCCAGCCCAACACUACAGGGAAGCAACUCUUUGAUCAGGUCGUCAAGACAAUUGGUCUAAGAGAGGUCUGGUUUUUUGGACUUCAGUAUCAGGACACCAAGGGCUUCUCAACAUGGCUGAAAUUGAACAAAAAGGUAACAGCACAGGAUGUACGCAAAGAAAGCCCCCUGCUCUUCAAAUUCCGUGCCAAGUUCUACCCAGAGGAUGUGGCAGAAGAGCUGAUCCAGGACAUCACGCAGCGCCUUUUCUUCCUCCAAGUGAAGGAGGCAAUUUUGAAUGAUGACAUUUAUUGCCCUCCAGAAACAGCUGUCCUUCUGGCUUCUUAUGCUGUCCAGUCAAAAUAUGGAGACUUCAACAAAGAGGUGCACAAGUCUGGCUACCUUGCUAGUGACAAACUGCUCCCCCAGAGAGUUCUGGAGCAGCACAAGCUUAACAAGGACCAGUGGGAGGAGAGGAUCCAGGUGUGGCAUGAGGAACAUCGAGGAAUGAUUAGAGAAGAUGCUGUCUUGGAGUACCUGAAAAUUGCACAGGACCUGGAAAUGUAUGGUGUGAACUACUUCAACAUUAAGAACAAGAAGGGCUCUGAACUCUGGCUAGGUGUAGAUGCUCUUGGACUCAACAUUUAUGAGCAGAAUGACAGGCUAACACCGAAAAUUGGAUUCCCUUGGAGUGAGAUCAGAAAUAUCUCAUUCAAUGACAAGAAAUUUGUUAUCAAGCCUAUUGACAAGAAAGCACCAGACUUUGUAUUCUAUGCCCCUCGGUUACGGAUUAACAAACGAAUCUUGGCACUUUGCAUGGGGAACCAUGAGCUCUACAUGCGCAGACGUAAACCAGAUACCAUUGAGGUGCAGCAGAUGAAAGCACAGGCUCGAGAAGAGAAGCAUCAGAAACAGAUGGAGAGAGCCCUGCUGGAGAAUGAGAAGAAGAAGAGGGAGUUGGCAGAAAAGGAGAAGGAGAAGAUUGAACGUGAGAAGGAGGAGCUAAUGGAGAGACUCAAGCAAAUUGAGGAGCAAACCAAGAAAGCUCAACAAGAACUGGAAGAACAGACCCGCAGAGCUAUGGAGCUGGAACAGGAGAGAAAACGAGCUCAAGAGGAAGCAGAGAAACUGGCUAAAGAACGUAGAGAAGCAGAAGAGGCCAAGGAGGCCCUAUUGAAAGCAUCCCAUGAUCAACAAAAGACGCAGGAACAGCUGGCUGCUGAGAUGGCAGAACUCACAGCUAGGAUCACGCAGCUGGAGCUGGCCAGACAGAAGAAAGAAAGCGAGGCCCAGGAGUGGCAACAGAAGGCACAGAUGGUGCAGGAGGACCUAGAAAAGACCAAAGAGGAGUUGAAGACUGCCAUGAGCACCCCUCACGUCACUGAGCCCAUGCAGUCUGAGAAUGAGCAUGAUGAUGAGCAGGAUGAGAAUGCGGCAGAAGCCAGUGCUGAGCUACGAUCAGAGGCCACCAUCAAGGACCGCAGUGAGGAGGAGCGCACCACUGAAGCAGAGAAGAACGAACGGGUCCAGAAACACUUGAAGGCUCUUUCCUCAGAGCUGGCAAAUGCUCGGGAUGAAACCAAGAAGACAGCCAAUGAUAUGAUCCAUGCAGAGAACAUGCGUCUGGGCCGAGACAAGUACAAGACCCUGCGUCAGAUUCGGCAGGGCAACACCAAGCAGCGCAUUGAUGAGUUUGAGUCCAUGUAAACUCUCCCCCGCACCUGCUGCCCUGCACUCUCUUCUUCCCGCUUUCCCAUCCUCUCCCGUCAUUCACUCGUAAUCGUGCUACGCUGGAACCACUACAGAAGAGUGACCAUGGUCUUAUUUAUCAAGUUUUGGGCAAACGUUGGAGUUAAGCAACAGAAGAAAGAAUAGUAUUUACACCUUCCUGGGGCUGCUUGGGACAGCAAACAUGUAUUGGGGCAAAUCUGAAAUUGUUUGGCUCUGGGUAAAGUCUCACUGCGUUUAAUUUUGUAUUGCUUGCUGAGGUGGCUCUGCUGUCCUCUCCCGUUGGGUGGGGAAGCCAGCAGAUACUUUUACUGAGUUACGUACAGUAAAGUGCUAACAGUUUGACACUGUGCCUUCAUACUAACUUGUGCAAGCUUCAGUAUUAAGCUUAGUAGCCAGGGUCUGAAUUUCUGACUUAUACAGGAUCUGAAUCAUGUAGUUGAGAAGGGGAGGCUGGAGCUUAGGAAGAAGGGUUGGGGGUAGCAUAUGGACUUUCUUUCUAAAAGACCAAAGCUUUUGUCCUUCAAACAUAAGCAGACCAAACAGAUUCUGUGGUGU